AUGGUGGAUAGGCGAAAAGCACUGAUGAUGUUAAUAGCUCUCUUAAUUUAUCCGAACGACAUUUUUGGUGGUUCUUUCCAACCCGAAUUCGCUGAUACUAUCCAAGAUGUAACGGUAUCGCUGGGAAGGGACGCAACUUUUACGUGUCUGGUCAAUCAUUUAGGCGACUACAAGGUUGGUUGGCUGAAAGUGGAUACUAAGGCGAUCCAGGCGAUCCACGAUCACGUAAUAACUCACAAUGAAAGGGUCUCGGUAUCUCAUAGCGACCAUACUACGUGGAAUCUUCACAUAAAGAACGUACAAGUGGAAGACGAGGGACGCUACAUGUGUCAGAUUAACACAGAUCCGAUGAAAAGCCAGACAGGUAUGUUGUCGGUCGUCGUGCCACCGGACUUUAUUCCCGAAGAAACAUCUAGCGACGUCAUGGUACACGAAGGAGGACAGGUGAAGCUAAUGUGUCGUGCAAGAGGCGUGCCUACACCUAGCAUAUCGUGGCGCAGAGAAGACCAAAAGGACAUUAUAAUUCGAAGACCAUUUGCAGGAAACGCUUUGAUGAACUUUGAAGCGACUUCAGUGAACAAGUACUACGGCGAAGAGCUAAAACUGAUGAAGAUUUCGAGGAACGAAAUGGGAGUUUAUCUGUGCAUCGCUAUCAACGGUGUGCCACCGGCAAUCAGCAAACGUAUUUCUAUCAAUGUCCAUUUCUCGCCGGAAAUGCAUGUGCCUAAUCAACUGGUGGGUGCUCCUCUGGCUACGGAUGUAGUCUUGGAAUGUUUUGUCGAGGCUUCGCCCAAGUCGAUUAAUUAUUGGAUCAAGAAUAACGAUGUGAUGAUAUUAUCGAGCCAACAACAUGACGUGCAGAUAAUUGAAAAAUCAAGCUUCGAGCUCCAGAUGGUGUUAACAAUUCGCAAUUUACAAAAAGACAACAUGGGUACUUACCAGUGUGUGGCGAAAAAUUCUCUUGGUGACGUUGAGAGCAGUAUUCGAUUGUAUGGUAAAUAUGAUUUAGAAUUACAUAUCUAUCUCCAAUCAAUUUUAUAA